GUUCCAUCGAAGGGAGUUACGGAUCCGUUCCCUCUCCCUUCGGUCUCGCCUGACCUUUUUUCCCCUCUUGACUCGCCCACCCUCCUCUCCUCCUUCAACCCCCCGUCCGUCUCAAACCCUCGUACUAGAAUUUUAGAAAUACAAUCCAAACGUAGAGAAAAACCCUAAUCUUUCUCUCUCUAUCCAUCUUCUCUUCCAUUUCUGCAUAUGUUUCCUCCGGAAACCAGAGCGAGAUCGAAAAUGCAAGUGAUAGGAGGGCGAUGAAUUCAAUUUCCUAAGGAAGAUCUUCGCAUCCGGUCGCGAUGGAUUUUCCAGAUCCGAAGGAACCCCUGUCGAUAUGCCUGCCGAAGAAGAACUCGAAUUCUCCUUUGUCGUCGCCUGUCUACCGUUUGAUGAAUGGCGCGGGCUCUCCUCCUUCGUCCUGGUUCGAGAUCCGCCUUUUCUACGUCAGGAUCACCCCCUGUGCCGUUGACGCCGUUCCCAACCUCCUCACCCUCUCCCACCUCGGCCGCGAGGUCGGAGCGGCCCUUGAGAUCAACGGCUCCCGUAUCCCCACCGCCGAGACCGCGUCCCUCACCCUCCGCCGCGAUCGCAUCGACAAGGAGUCCUCGGAGGUCACCUACGUCAGCACCGACAACGUCCGUGUAACUGGGGCCGUCGAUUUCGAGGUGUUCGAGAAGGAGGAUCUGAUCCUCUGCGGGUCGCUCGAGAGGAUGGAGCCCUCGUGGAAGAACGGCGGUGUCGGGUUUGAUCAUCACCAUCAUCAGGGCCUGGAUAAUGAUUCAAAGACCGGGUGGAGUAUGGAUUGCUACUCCGCAGCGUCGCUCACAACAGGAUCCUCCGCAUUCUGCCAGCCUAAGCUCGGGAUUUCCUCGCCCUCCAUUGAGGUGUAUGUCGCUGGUUGCUGCUCUGGAUUCCCCCUGAUUCUGACGAAGACGAUUCAUUUGAGUCCACGGCGGAAGCCUCUGAGGCAAACGACUCUCGACUCUAUACCGGAGGAUGAAGAAACGGGAAGAGAGUAUAGGAGCAUCAAUGGCUUUCUUCGCAACCGUACGUUAGAGGUCACUGACGGGGAAAGUGAUGGAUAUGAUUCGGAAGGGAAAAUUGGGCACGAUUUCUAUCCCGAAGGUAGGUACUCUGAUGAUGAUGGCCAGCUCACUUGGUUCAAUGCUGGGGUGAGAGUUGGCGUCGGAAUUGGCCUGGGGAUGUGUUUGGGGAUCGGCAUUGGUGUCGGACUACUCAUGCGCUCAUAUCAGGCAACGACCAGAACCUUCAAGAGGCGGUUUUUCGGAAGAAAAGAGAGAGAAAUGAUGGAAAGCGGUGCGAGUCACAGAAGAACGGUGCACCCACACCACCACAAUGGCACCACCAAAUCGGCCGAGUCGACUCAGUCACUCCCGCUCGUCGUCUCCCUCAAUUGCAUCGAGGACAUCGCCACGCUCGAGCAGGACGCCCUCUCUGGCCUCGCCACGGUCGAACACGUGUCCCUGGACCGCAUCACCGAUGGCCGGAUCGAGCCCGCCGCGGCCGUCCUCCUCCACUCUCUCGCUUUCCUCCCCCGCGCCGCCCAGCGCCGCCUCCACUCCCGUCAGCUCAUCCUCUGCCUCGGGUCCUCCGACCGGGCCGUAGACUCCUCCCUUGCCGCCGACCUCGGCCUCCGGCUCGUCCACGUCGACGCCAGCCGGGCUGAGGAGGUCGCCGACACCGUCAUGGCCCUCUUCCUGGGCCUUCUCCGCCGGACCCACCUCCUCUCCCGGCACGCCUUCUCGGCAUCGGGAUGGCUGGGGUCGCUGCAACCGCUCUGUCGCGGGAUGCGACGGUGCAGGGGGCUGGUGCUUGGGAUUGUCGGGAGAUCUGCAUCUGCACGAUCAUUGGCAGCUCGGAGUCUGGCUUUCAAGAUGAGUGUACUCUACUUGGAUGUCCAUGAGGGAAAGGGAAAAUCAGGACGAGCUUCUAUUACAUUUCCUCCAGCUGCUCGAAGAAUGGAUACACUUAAUGAUUUGCUUGCAGCAAGUGACCUUGUUUCGCUCCAUUGUGCUGUAUCAAAUGAAACCGUUCAGAUUAUCAAUGCAGAGUGCUUACAGCACAUAAAGCCUGGGGCUUUUAUUGUGAAUACAGGUAGCAGUCAGCUAUUAGAUGAUUGGGCUCUAAAACAGCUUUUGAUUGAUGGAACCAUUUCGGGUUGUGCGCUGGCUGGUGCAGAAGGGCCACAAUGGAUGGAAGCAUGGGUGAGAGAGAUGCCCAAUGUAUUGAUCCUACCCCAUAGCACAGAUUAUAGUGAAGAGGUAUGGAUGGAAAUACGGGAGAAAGCUGCUUCUAUAUUGCAGACAUACUUCCUUGAUGGAGUUAUUCCCAAGGAUGCCAUUUCUGAUGAUGAUGAUGAUGACGAUGAAAAAAGUGAAACGGGGUAUGGAGAUGAUCAAUCUGAGAAACGAGAGAAAGAAAGCAUGUUGCAGGUUAGUAAUGGCGAGCAACUUACAGAUGAAAGCCAGUUAAUUCCAGAAUGCAGUAAAAAAGAGGCUGUUUAUCAAUUGGCAGAGUCUCGUGUGCAGUCUCAUGGUCCAGGUGUUUCUCAAGAUACCGGUACAUCUGAUGGAAAGCAUAACAGGUCAGGGAAGAAGGGUAAAAAGAGGUCUGCACGUCAUAAACCCCAACAACAGUCAGACACAUUAGAAAGAGAUGGCAAUUAUUCAUCACAGCUAGAAGAUGAUACUGUUGUAAGUGGCAGAGAUCAAGCAUUAAGUUCCAAUUCUUGUUUCGCUUCCCCAGAAGAUUCUAGAAAUAGGCAAACGUGCCCUGCUGAAUCAGCUCCAGAAUCAACUUCCAUAAAUCAGGCAACAUUAAGCAAGGGACUCUGUAUAAAAUUGGGUGAGCUGAAAGAUGGGUAUGUUAUAGCAUUACACGCAAGAAAUCAACCUGGAUUUUACGUGUCCAGGCAAAAAGUCCCUGCUGGAGGAUGGUACCUGGAUACGAUGUCUAAUGUCACGAAAAGGGAUCCUGCCACGCAGUUUCUCAUUGUUUCUAGAAGCAAGGACACUAUUGGGUUGAGAUCUUUUGCAGCUGGUGGAAAAUUAUUGCAGAUAAAUAGGAGAACGGAAUUUGUAUUCACAAGUCACAGCUUUGAUGUUUGGGAGAGUUGGACAUGGGAAGGUUCUUUGCUUGAGGAGUGUAGGCUUGUCAACAGUAGAAAUCCCUUGGCCGCUUUGGAUGUAUGCGUUGAGAUUCUUGCGGUGGUGGGUGAAGAUGGAGUUACUCGCUGGCUGGAUUAGGCGACUCAGGAGGAACCUGCUAGUCCCCAACGCCACUCAACUUUCAGUUUGUAUUCCCACGAGAGACUUUGUAAAGUACUCAGUUGAAAGUGAGAAAAACAGGUGAAUCUGCAUUCUCCAUAUGUUGUGGGCUUCUAUUUAGCUAUUUGAAAGUUAUUUUAAUGUAUAGAGAGGAUUUCCUUUUGAAUCUCUCAUGUAGUCCAGUGAUCUAUUGUAUGUCCUUUAUAAAUGAAAUAGUGAUUGAUUCGGAUGCA